CAGCCAUUGACUUCCAUUUGACCUUUCAACCUUACACUCUCGGGAAGAAACCAGAGGAAGACGGUCAAUGAUGGAUGGUGAAUCAAUUAAAAAAAUGUUGAGGUCGGUGCUGCUUUCCUCAAAGGAGGGGGUGUCAAUCGGCCGGCUUCAAACCGAGUACCGCUCGCUGUGCGGGGAGCUAAUCCCGCACAGUAAGCUUGGCCACCAUAGCUUGGAGGACUUCCUCCGCAGCAUCCCCUCCGUUGUGCGGUUGGAGCACCGCAUGGGCGAGAUGCGGUGCUUUGCUGCUAUCUGCAAGGAAACGCGGCACAUCGCUGAGAUGGUGGCGCGUCAGAAGUCGUCCAAGAAGCCUGGCCGCAGCCAGCUGGUCAACUGUACGAUGAGGUUCAAGCCCUCCAACCCCUACAUGCUCAACGUGAAGCCAAGGUCAAUUCUGCGGCAGCCCUCACUGGGGGGCUCGUCAGGCUGGCUGGCGGCCCGUCCCCGGCCCUACUCUGGCAGUGGACGAUUAAGCGCGUCAGGAGACUACAGACAACAGGACCAGGGGUCCAGCUCAGCUGUCCCCAUCCAACACAGAGGAGCUUCUCUUCAGCCAGCCGACAGACCCCCGCCUCAGCCAGCCUACAGACCCCCGCCUCAGCCAGCCUACAGACCCCCGCCUCAGCCAGCCUACAGACCCCCGCCUCAGCCAGCCUACAGACCCCCGCCUCAGCCAGCCUUCAGACCCCCGCCUCAGCCAGCCUACAGACCCCCGCCUCAGCCAGCCUACAGACCCCCGCCUCAGCCAGCCUACAGACCCCCGCCUCAGACAUUCCACAGACCACCACAUCAGACAUCCUACAGACCCCCGGCCCAGGCUGCCGACCAGCCUUCCUCCUGUCCAUCAUCCCAGGCCGACAGGAAAGAAGUGCCGCUGGACAACCACCAAAAGACUGCAGAACGACGGCCUCAGGAGCCAGUUUCCUCACAGCCAGAGGUCUACAACCCAGAGUUAGUCCAGAGCAGACUCUCUGAUCUGCUGUCAAAGCACUGCAGCGGCCUGUGGCUGUCCAAACUCCCUGGGGUGUACCUGGAGAUGUUUGCUCAGGCCAUCCCCCCUCAGGCCCUCCAACAGCUGGACACCUGGUCCCACAUCUGCAUGGUGGAAAACCUAAACAGUAGCAACAGAACUGACCGGCUGCUCUACCCACCUCUCCCUCCUAAGCCGACGGCAGGCAGACCCAGCGGCAACCCCUUCACCCUCACCUCACCCAAACCAGCCUCCCCCUCCGACCUGCCCUCACCCAAACCAGCCUCCCCCUCCACCCUGCCCUCACCCAAACCACCCUCGCCCUCACCCAAAUCUCCCCCUCCACCCUGCCCUCACCCAAACCAGUCUCCCCCUCCACCCUUCCCUCACCCAAACCAGCUUCCCCCUUCAUCUUCACUUCACCCAAACCAGUCUCCCCCUCCACCCUUCCCUCACCCAAACCAGUUUCCCCCUUCAUCUUCACUUCACCCAAACCAGCCUCCCCCUCCACUCUGCCCUCACCCAACCCUUCCUCCCCCUUUACCCUGCCCUCACCCAAAUCAGUCUCCCCCUCAUUCUCCUCACCCAAGCCAUUCUUCCCCUCUACCAUCUAUACCUCCCUCCCCUCACCCAAACCAUCCUCCUCGAUUACAAGUUUCUCCUCCCUCCCCUCACCUAAACCAUCCUCCUCCUUCACAAGUUUCUCCUCCCUCCCCUCACCUAAACCAUCCUCCUUCACAAGUUUCUCCUCCCUCUCCUCACCUAAACCAUCCUCCUCCUUCACAAGUUUCUCCUCCCUCCCCUCACCCAAAUCCUCCUCCUCCUUCACAAGUUUCUCCUCCCUCCCCUCACCCAAACCAUCCUCCUCGUUCACCAGCCUCACCUCCCUCACUUCACCCAGACCAGCCUCCCCCUCCAAUAGCUUCACCAUGUCCAACCCGGCGUCCAUCCUCGGCCCAAGCCCCAUCUCCCCCAUCUCCCCCAUCUCACCUGGCAGCCCCCUGCCCCCCCCCCACCUACCUGUUCUCCCCCACCUCUGCAGAGAGCUCCCCAGUUAAAGACCCGGCCUCGACGGCCUCUGCCAGCCUCUGGAGCCCCUCCCGGAGCCCAGGCUUCGCCCCUAAUAUGCCUACCGCAGUUUCCAACGCUGCUGGCUCUCCCCCCAAUUCCUCCGCCGUUAGCCCGUUGAGCCCCGAGCUGCAGGAUAGGCUUCUGGAGCUCCUGUCGAAGUACAGCAACGGGCUGUGGACCCACGCCCUGCCCCAGCUCUUCCUGGACACAUACAAGAUGGCCUUCCCUGAGGCUGUGUUGGGCCAGCUGUCACUGCUGGAGGACAUCUGCUCGGUGGAUUACCCUCUUUCACAUGACCGAAGCAAGGCCAUUCUGUAUGAGCGGAGGGAAGCAGAGAGCCAGAGGACGGAGCCGUGCUGCUCCACGGCCCCUGCCUCUGGUGUCCCGGUUCUGGGAGUCCAGGCGCUCCCUUCCCUGACCCUCCCAACGGAGCAGUACCCCUCUGUGUUGGUGACCGAAGCCCGGGGGAGUGACCGGGUCACCGUCAGGUACGUCGGGAAGGGCUACUCCAAAGCCCAGGAGUCCAUGGAGAACGCUAUGCUCGCCUUCUACACCCAGAGCCCCACCCCCGACACCCUGCCCAGCCCUGCCAUUGGUCAGCUGGCCGCGGUCACCGGGGAAGCUGGAGAUGAGCUGGCCAGGGUCCAGGUCAUAGAGGACAUGACCUCUGAAAAGGUCAAGGUGUACUAUGUGGACUAUGGCUUCUCUAUGGAGGUGAGCUCCAGCAGUCUACUCGUUCUUCCUCAGGACUUCCUCACUCUCCCCUUCCAGGCCACCACCGUCCAGCUAGCAGGUCUGGAGGCAUGGAGCUCCAAGCCGGUGGUUGUGUCGGCUCUGGAGCGCCUGGCCGUGGGGCGCAUCCUGCUGAUGGAGACGGUGGAGGUGUGUCCAGGAGAGAAGCUCCCGCUGGUGGUCCUCUACGACACAUCGCAGGACGAUGACCUCAACAUCAACGCAGCCUGCCGGAAGGCCCUGCAGGACCACGCCGCCCAGGACCACGCCCCCCUCAUAGUAAGCAGCAGGUACCAGGACGUGUGGGUCACCAACGUGUCUUCAGAUGGGUUCCUCUCCUGCCAGCUCCCCUGUAGAGGGCGCUCCUCUCUCAGCGGCCUGCUGGCCAAGAUAGAGGCCUUCUUCUCCAAUCAGGUGACGUCGGAGUGUCUGGUGUCCCAACCCUUCAGCGGGAAGCUGUGUCUGGCCCGUCAUAGAGGGAAGUGGUCCCGAGCAGAGAUCUACAACCUUCACGGCGGCCGGGUGAUGGACGUCGUCUUCAUUGACCUCGGGGUCAGCUCCUCCAUAGAGGUCACUGAGCUCCGGGAGGUCCCGCCUCCCUUCCUCACCGACCUCACCGUCCUCCCGGCCCAGGCGGUGCGCUGUUUUCUAGCGGAUCUGGAUCGUCCCUCGGGUCCCUGGAGUCCAGAAGCUCUCCUCUGGAUAAGACAGACAGUCCUCAACAUGCCUUGCACCAUGAAGGUGGAGGAGGUGCAGCAGAGCGGUGAAGGUGCGGCGGUGUUCCAGGUGUCUCUGUUCUCUGGUUCUGAUGACCAGAGCCUGAACCAGCAGCUGGUCCGCUCUGGUCUACUGGGUCAGGACAAGGUGGAGAACAACAACUACAUGGCGCUGGACGCAGGUGAUCUCAGUUCCCUGGUAGAAAAGUUGUCUCUGAAUGGUCAGUCUGUGAGCGCUGUGCUCCCCAAGGCCCGGCCUGAAGCAGGGGACUCUCCUUCCAAACCUGCCCCAUUAAAGCUCCCCACGGUGUGCAAGAAUCAUCUGCUGAUGCCUCCCCUGGUGGAGCUCCCUCAGGCGGGUCAGAACAUGGAUGUGUUCGUCCCGGUCGCGUGUCACCCCGGGCACUUUGUGGUGCAGCCCUGGCAGGACCUGUACAAGCUGGUGGUGCUGAUGGGGGAGAUGGUGCUGUACUAUAACCAGAGCCAGACCUCCUCCAGCAUCCCGCUGCUGCACAAAGAGCACGUCUACGCCGCCAAAAUAGACCGCAACUGGCACCGGGUGCUGCUGAAGGGGGUUCUGUCCACCGGCCUGGUGUCUGUGUAUGAGCUGGACUACGGCCAAUACGAGCUGGUGAGCAGCAGCCAGUUGAGGUCCCUGAUCCCCGAGUUCAGACAGCUGCCCUUCCAGGCGGUCACCGCCCAGCUUGCCGGUGUCCCCCAUGGGGGGUGGUCUGAGGAGGCGUCCAUGGUGUUCAGGAACCACGUGGAGAAGCGUGCGCUUGUGGCCCAGGUGGAGAGCGUGCACGAGGGGUCGGAGGUCAAGGCCGGCUUGGGUGAGGUCAGCGAGCGGAGGUUGACAGUGUUCCUGGUGGACACCAGCGAAGAAGACAAUGAUGUGUGGAUCCACAACAUUAUGACUGACCUUUGCGAGCUCCCCGCCACCAGCACCAUCUAGAGGCCUUAAGCCGAAUUGCAUCCCCCAAUCCAUCAUGGCAGCGUGUAUAUUGUUGAUUUACUCUUGGAACUCUUAGCUCACGCUUUUAUUUUGAAGCUCUUGCCCCACGCACCAGAGUACUGCUGUACCUAGUUGAGAGAAAUGUUAUUUUAGUUGGCCGACUGGUGCGGUUUUAUUUGGUACAUGGGAGGGUUGUGCUGUGAGCAGUAGAUUUAGCAUGUGUAAAAGAAAAUUGGACCUUAUCUUACUGUUUAUGGAUCACUUGUUAUUUCGGCACAUCAACGUUUUGCCUUGUUUUAUAAUUUUUUGGAUUUGUUUUGACAUUUUUUGUGUUGCAUGUUGGCUCUUGUGUUUUUUUCUUUAUUUUCCUGUACAUAAGUUACGUUUGAAAAGUGAGGAAAUUGCUUUGUUACCGCUGUCCUCUUCAUUUUGUUCAUUAA